AUGUCGGACGCCGCGUCCACGCGUCUGACGGCUGGUGAUGCCAGAAGUCUCCGGAACCGCUGGCAGGGGCCGUCACGCAACGCGUCCACCAGGUCGUCGGCUGUAUACAACGAUGACUAUACACCAGCCCAGUCACAAGCCUACGGAUUUGGCCAGGGGUCCUUGGGACUACGCUCCACUGCCUCUCGUUAUUCCUUGAACGAGCAAUUUGCAGCCACCCGCAAAGAGUUUGAAUUUGGUUUCGACGACGGGGCUUCCACAUUUGAUCGGUCAACGAUUGCAUCUGAGGCGUUUGAGGAGUAUCUUCGCGACGACAGACAAGAUGGCCGCGAUAUCUAUCCCGGACAAAUAGUAGACUACUAUGACUCCUCGGCCCUGUGGCUACGAGACGGCGUCAUUGACCCAUAUGACCUCCUUGUGCUGCCCAGGAACCCUUCUGCUCAACAGAUCCGUCGUGCAUAUUUCAGACUCCUUGUCUUGAUUUAUCCAGAUAGCCAUCCUCCAAAGCUCCGCAAAGCCGCUAGUGUCUACCUGACUCUGGUUCAGGAUGCAUUUGAGCAACUCAUUGGUCCUGACAGGCGACUGUUGCAACAUGUGGACGAGACCAAUACCGCUGAUCUCGUGCUAGAUGAGCCCGGUCGAUAUCAAAUCUACCAGCUCUGGCGAUUGCCGCUUGCCUCUUGUAGCCAGCACCUACUGGACAAUGAUAAUCCCGGUCAGCAGGACGCAACCUACCAUCAACCGGUGCAGAGAGAACAUGUCAGCAAGUAUCUCGAUAAGAUUGGUCUCGAACCUGUCAAGAUAUGCCGUUGGAUUGGCAAGAUGGAUGGUAUCCUCGGUCUUGGUGUGAAGUUCGACAUGGGGUCACCCAACCUAUUCGAAUCCGGAGCACGUGGUUUCGCCCGUUUUUCUAUUCUCAACCGACAGUUUUUGAGUUUGAUUCCUAUUUGCGUAGCCCCACGACUCGAGUACAGCUCCAGCCUACCUGGUUGCCUUCAGAUUCCUGAGUUCCAAGGAUCUUGGGCUCUGUCAACCGCGGCAGAGACGCGGGGAGUUGGUGCCUCUGUCAAGUACAUGAUUGAUGUGGACGAGUCAACGUGGUCUUUAGCACGGAUGAAAAGCCCCGGUCGUGAGCCGACGCAACUUGCGCACAUUGCACCACCCAGCCGGCCCAUUCGUGUUGAGGCCGAAAUCUCGUCGGGUUGGAUUUGGUCCAGGUUCCUGGCAUUGCGGUGCUUGAGGCGAGUCGGGCGCUUUUCAAGGCUUGGAUUUGAAUUUGGCCUGGGCGCCUACCACUUGCAUCUAUCCCUCUACUGGUCGCGGCUCGGCCAGAGAAUUCGACUGCCUCUGUGGACGAGCUUUCACUCAACGUCCAGCCCGCGACUGCUGUUUUGGACUGUAGUGAUACCCUUUAUGAGCUUUGCAGCAUGGGAUCUUGUCUCGCGCUGGCGACGGCAUCAAGCAGCAAGUUUUCAGGCGCGCAAUCAGUUGGCUGAUAUGGUUCAGGAUCGACGCGCUGAAGCCGACGAUAUAACCAUUCUCCUAUCAGCCAACGUGGAGGCUAGGCAGGCCAUGGAGCGUGCCAAGCACGGUCUGGUUAUAUUGAGUGCCAAGUAUGGUGUCAAGAAGGACGACUCCUGGGGUCUCGAGGAGGUGGCUGAUGUCACCACAGCAUUGGCGGCUCUCGUCGACGAUAGCCAUGUCCAGAUUCCCAGCACUGUGGAUAAGAACAACAUCCUGGGCUUCUGGGACCCAGUGCCGGGGUUGGUAAAGACACUGCAUGUGCGUUAUUCCUUCCAGGGAAAGGAGGCAAUCAUGGAAGUACCAGAAGGGGCAGGGCUCAUUCUGCCCCCAAGCUAG